CUUUCGGGUUUUUGCUGGUCAAUUUAUCUAAUUUAUCGCUAUUCAUCAACAAUCAUGGGUGCGCAACGACGAGCUUCCGACACCGCAACGAUAAAGCCUCCGCGGCCGGCUGAUCCUGAGAAGUCUAAAAUCGAGAAUAAUCUUGAGAUAACGACGCUGGAGGAGUUCGGCGAGGGGGUGUUUACGAAUACGCGGGCUUUGUAUAAGCCGGUUGGAGCAAGGGGGAUUUACGGUGGCUGUGUAAUUGCUCAGACAUUGGCAGUAGCACAGAAGACCGUUCCACCCGGGAUGGAAAUCCACAGUAUGCACUGCUACUUCAUCCUCGCCGGGAACGCUACCAUUCCCAUAGUCUACCGUGUCGAGAACGUCCGCUCUGGCCGGUCAUACGCCACCCGCAGCGUGUACGCUGAACAGAGGGGCCAGGCGAUAUUCACAACGACAUGUUCCUUUACCCGUCCCAUCUCAGAAGACACGGAUGAGCCGAAACGCAAAGUCCAGCACUCCAUAAAGUUCCCCAAGGAUGUUCCCGCUCCAGAAGACUGUCCGACAGGGGCCCAGACAAUAGAUGAAUGGCUGAGCGGGGGCAAGGUCGACACUGAAGUAGCCGAACUCUUAAGGAAACGUGAGGCGGGCGGCCCAUUCGAAUCCCGGAGAGCCGGAAUAGUAAGCGACAUCCCAGGGACCGACCCCACGCACAAAAUCCAGCGACAGUGGAUCCGCGCUCGCGGGAACAUCUUCGAUGAGGAAGCACACUUACCCGCCCUGGCAUACAUCUCCGACAGCUCACUCAUUGGCACGGUGAGUAGAGUGAACCCCCAGGCUCGCCACGGGCAGAUCGGGAUGAUGCUAAGUCUCGACCACACCAUCUACUUCCACAACGCACGGAAGACGAGGGCGGAUCGGUGGCUCCUCAUGGAGUCUGAUUCACCGUGGGCGGCGGACGAGAGGGCAUUGGCUACGCAGAGGAUUUGGGACCCGGAGGUUGGGUUGUUGGCGACCUGCUAUCAGGAGGGACUUGUGAGGUUGAAGGAUGGUAGAGAAGGGGAGUGUGAUAAUAAUGUUAUUAGUAAAUUGUAAUGCACCGUUGGGGCUGGGGGAUUAUUAGUAUUAUGUGGGGGGAGUUGCCGGGUUGGGCUUUUUCAAUCAUGCGUAGCUAGACUUUUUCAGUAAUCCCCUAGUUAUUACUGUCAA